AUGGAGGGAGGCGGAAGCGGCGGCGUUAGGCUUCAUGUCGGUGGAUUGGGAGAAAGCGUCGGGAAAGACGAUCUUCUCAAGAUCUUCUCUCCCAUGGGUUCCGUCGAUGCUGUAGAAUUCGUCAGAACCAAAGGUCGCUCCUUUGCUUACAUCGACUUCUCUCCCUCCUCGGAAAAGUCACUCACCAAGCUCUUCUCAACGUAUAAUGGAUGUAUCUGGAAAGGAGGGAGGCUGCGGCUGGAGAAAGCCAAAGAGCAUUAUCUAGCUCGCUUGAAGCGGGAAUGGGAGGAGGCAUCUUCUACCCCUGAUGUCGCCAUUAAAGCUCCUGAUAACUCCACCCCAUCCACUCACCUUAACGUCUUCAUUCCUAGACUCAGAAAGGUGAAAGCUAUGCCACUCAGUGGAACCGGCAAACAUAAGUAUAGUUUCCAGCGUGUUUCAGUGCCGUCUCUUCUUCCCAAGACCUUUUGCGAUUGUGAGGAGCACUCUGCGUCUCUCACUCCUCAGGAAACCCAUGCCCGUGAUCUAGAAGCGCUUAAUGUGGGAAUAAACGAAGAAGAGGUCAGUAUUAUGAACUCGGUGAUGAAUAAGCUCUUAGAGAAAGAUAACGAAGAUAACGAAGAUAAGGAAGAUAACAUCAUCAUCAAUGUGGUGUCUGGUGGGAACGAUAUGAUGGACUCAGAGCUGGAAAUCUUGUCAAGAAAACGGAAAUCAACUCUCAAUGAAACACCAGCAAGUGGAGCAGGAUAUACUGAGGGACGAAAGGGGAACAACAUUCAUCCAAGCAAAAAAAGGCAAUCAAUCAUCCUAGAGGGAAGUGGAAGACAGGAAUCUUCACAGGCCAUACCUGAAAAGAAGAAACCUUCUGAAGCCGAUCAGGAUAAAUCAAUGGAUGAACCAAGCAGGAAAACAGAUGUCAAGCGGUCGAGUGACAGUAUCUCCUGGUCCCAAAAGUCUUCCUGGAAAGCACUUGUGGCUAAUGGGAACAGCAGUAAUUUUACCGUAUCUAGUUUCCUGCCAGGUCCUAGCUUCAGUGAAGCAGUACAACCUUCAUCUAGCCAAGAAAAUUCAGAGGAAUUGGUUGUGCCGAGCUCUACAGCAAGGCCGUCUGUGACAAGUAAGAUCAAGAAGACGAAAAGUAAGCGCCUAACUUCUACAAUCAUGGCAGAGAAUUUACCUGUUACAGAUGACAUCGAGAUGAAUGAUUCUACAGCCUCUGAUUCUGUGGGCUCAGACCACUCAGAAGAUACUGAAGAUACUGACAUAAGUGUGGAAACUGACCUUGUAGCAAGCACCGAUGGCGAUAGUGAGAAUGACAGUUUGAAUGUGGAAAACGACGAGAAUGUCGAUGGCGAUAGUGAGAAUGACAGUUUGAAUUUGGAUAAGGAUGAGUAUGUCGAGGGCGAUAGUGAGAAUGACAGUUUGAAUGUGGAAAACGACGAGAAUGUCGAUGGCGAUAGUGAGAAUGACAGUUUGAAUUUGGAUAAGGAUGAGUAUGUCGAGGGCGAUAGUGAGAAUGAUAGUUUGAAUGUGGAAAAUGAUGAGGAUGUAGCAGAGGAUUUGAUUGUGGAAGAGGGUGAGAAUGUCGAGGGCGAUAGUGAGAAUGACAGCUUGAAUGUUGAAAUUGAUGAGACUGUAGCAGAGGAUUUGAAUGCAGGAAAGGAAAACUUAGUCUUGAAAGAUGAUGUGGACGAAGAAGAGGCGGGGAAAGCACCGUUGGAAGCUUGUAGCAAGUCAACAGGUGGUUCUUCAUGGCUUCAGAGGGCGUCGUGGACUCAGCUGGUUAGCGACAAGAAUGCUUCAUUCAGUAUAACUCAGCUCUUCCCGGGUUUAGCUUCUGACAAGAGCGAAGCAGCUAAAGUGAACAACAAUGGAGAUAACCGGUUCUCCAACACUAACCAGAGUGAAAGUGGAAUGAAACAAAGGGAUUUCUCGUGUAGCAGCAAUGGUUUCGAGGGUACAGGAGUCAAGGUGGAUAGUACCCCUGUGAGAAGUUUAGAAGAGAAUCGGCAGAGUCUAAAGGGUAAGAAUGUGAGUGAAGGCUGUAGAUUGGCUGCGAAGAAGCCGAUUAGGAAAGAGAUUGGGUCCGGGGAGACUUGCACUUUUAUGAGAAGCGCGACUUCUUUGAAGGAGUGGGAAAAGGCUAAGAAGGCAUUGGGUGAGCCCAGAAGAAGGAAGAAAAGUGAAGAAUGA